UAAUGCGAAGGAAUCCGAAUUUCAACAUGGAGGAAAACGUGGACAAACAAAAUACACCAGACAAGAAAAAGUCGAAAAAAAAUAAAGAAAGUGGCAUAAUAUACCUAAGUAGUGUUCCAACGUUAAUGAAUGUGAAUAUUGUACGCAGACAGUUUGAAGUAUUUGGCGAAGUUGGUCGUAUUUUUCUUCAGCCGAAUGUGAAGGUAAAAUCCCGGGGAAAGCAGGGGCGUGUGUUUUCAGAGGGAUGGGUGGAGUUUCAAGACAAGAAAGUCGCCAAGAGCGUAGCUGCAUCUCUUAACAACACUCUUAUUGGAGGAAAGAAGAAAAAUCGAUGGCGGGAGGAGUUAUGGAACAUAAAAUAUCUUCACCGCUUCAAGUGGGCUCACUUAAACGAGAGAUUGGCAUACGAAAAGGCGGUACACACCCAGAGAAUGAGAACAGAAAUAUCACAGGCAAAACGUGAGGCAAAUUUCUAUGUGCGUAAUGCGGAGAAAAAUGAACAUCUCCACAAAAUCGCAAAACGGAAACUAAAAGUGCAGACAAGUGAUGAAUUAGUGAAUGACAAUGAAGAUGGUGGUGAAAAUAGUGAUAAAAUAUAUUCUGUGAAACUGAGAGAGACCGACGAAGAAAUUGUGAAGAAGAAAAGGUUGAGGCUUUCAAAGGAAGUAAAAAACGCUAAAAGGCUGAAAAAAGACUUGACUGAAGAACCCAGUGAUGUCGACUUGCUAAAGAAGAAGUCAUUUUUGACUAGGAUAUUUUCUGCUGGGCAGGAUGUGGAAAGUGAUGGGGAAUAGAUUGAUUUCAUUGUGUCUAGUUGUUGUUAAAUAUCUAUAUUCAACUGCAAUACAUGAUGUACAUGACAGUUACAUGUAUG